AUGACUUCUACAAAUACCGAUCAAACAAUUUUCAUAAAAUUUGAACAAUAUGAUUUUGAUAAAGAUGAAAAUUUUCAGGCUGGCCUUCCAUCAAUUCUUGAAUCGAAUCAAAAUAAAUCACAGGAAGAAUUAGAUAAACUUAAAGAGAAAGCUAAAUGGUUUUAUUUUUCAAAAGUUGUUCAAAAGUUCGAUUAUAAUGAAUAUCUAGCAUGGAAGUUAAAUAAAUCUUCUACACUUGAGUCAUCUAAUAACAUAAAUUUAACAAAACAAGAUACUACAACAAAUGUAGAAGCACCGAAAUAUUCUAGAAGUUUUCAAGAGUUAGUAGAAAUGAUACGUUCUAAUAAGCCAAUACCAGGAAUCAAGGAAAUACCUGAUGAGAUUAAUAGUGGCAUUCCUUCUAGUGCUACAAUAAAACCGCGUCCUAAGCCAUGGGAAAAAAAGAAUAUCUCCGAAACUAUAUAA